GCGGGGCAGCGUCGCGCGCGCGGAACAGCCGCAGGUUAGCAGGUCGGCGACUCUCGCGGAGUCGUCUGUGUCUCCGCGGGAACCCGGUGCAGACAGUUUCGAAAAUGCCAAGUAGGAAAUUUGCCGAUGGCGAAGUGGUGAGAGGUCGGUGGCCUGGGAGUUCACUUUAUUUUGAAGUAGAAGUUCUGAGCCAUGACAGCAAAUCCCAGCUUUACACCGUGAAAUACAAAGAUGGGACUGAACUUGAAUUGAAAGAGAGCGAUAUCAAGCCUUUAACUUCCUUUAAGCAAAGGAAAAGUGGCUCAACUUCCAGUUCUCCCUCCCGACGCCGAGGGAGCCGAGGGAGCCGAGGGAGCCGAGGGAGCCGGUCAAGAUCACGCUCCCGAUCCCCUGGCCGACCACGUAAAAGUUCCAGCCAGAGUUCCCGGCGAUCUGCCUCUGCUUCGCACAACGUUGACAUUAAGGAGAUGAGGAAGGAAGUGUUGGAAGUGAAAUUGACUCCAUUGGUAUUGAAACCAUUUGGAAAUAGCAUCACCAGGUACAAUGGGGAGCCUGAACACAGAGAGCGGAAUGCCAUACCUCACAAAAACACGCAGGAACAAUUCCCUUUGUCACAAGAAAGUAGUUAUAUAUCUACACAGUAUAGCCUUCGUCCAAGAAGAGAAGAGAUCAAAUUAAAAGAAAUAGAUUCUGAGGAAGAAAACAUUGUUCUGAAAGGAACUACACUGUCGAGAACGUUGGAAGUUACUGCCACACAGACGAAGGACUUAGAGUUUGGAGGAGUACCUGGUGUGUUUCUUAUCAUGCUUGGCCUGCCUGCCUUCCUCUUCCUGUUGCUGUUGCUGUGUAGACAGAGAGAGCCCAGUCUUCUGAAUUUCCCGCCUCCUUUGCCAGCUUUGUAUGAUCUAUGGGAAACCAGAGUGUUUGGGGUCUACCUCCUCUGGUUUUUUGUUCAGGCUCUGUUCUACUUACUGCCAAUCGGGAAGGUUGUAGAAGGAACACCUCUUACUGAUGGAAGAAGACUCAAGUAUAGAUUAAAUGGAUUCUACGCCUUCCUCUUGACGUCUGCCGCCGUCGGAGCCUGUCUCUUCUGGGGCGUGGAGCUGUACUACGUGUACCGUCACUUCCUCCAGCUGGCUCUGGCGGCCCUGGUGUUUUCCGUGGGCUUGAGCGUGUAUCUGUACGUGCGGGCUCUGCGCGUGCCCCGGGCCGAACUGGCGCCCGCCAGCUCUGGAAAUGCCAUCUAUGAUUUCUAUAUUGGCCGUGAAUUAAAUCCUCGGAUUGGUACUUUUGAUCUCAAAUACUUUUGUGAACUGCGCCCCGGAUUGAUCGGAUGGGUGGUCAUUAACUUGGUGAUGCUUUUGGCUGAGAUGAAGUUACAGAAUCGUGCUACUCCAUCCUUGGCAAUGGUUUUGGUUAACAGUUUCCAGCUCUUAUACGUGGUGGACGCACUCUGGAACGAGGAAGCAGUGUUGACCACCAUGGACAUUAUCCAUGACGGGUUUGGGUUCAUGCUGGCUUUUGGAGAUUUGGUGUGGGUUCCCUUCAUCUACAGCUUCCAAGCUUUUUAUUUAGUCCAUCAUCCAAAUGAAGUGUCUUGGCUGGCGGCUUCUCUAAUUGUUGCUGUGAAACUUUGUGGAUAUGUAAUCUUCCGAUGCGCAAAUGCUCAGAAAAAUGCAUUCCGGAAAAACCCCACUGAUCCAAGGCUUGCACAUUUAAAAACCAUUCAUACUUCAACGGGAAAAAGUCUUCUGGUUUCUGGAUGGUGGGGCCUUGUUCGCCACCCCAAUUACUUGGGUGAUCUCAUCAUGGCCCUGGCGUGGUCCCUCCCAUGUGGUUUUAACCACAUUCUGCCGUACUUCUACGUGAUCUACUUCACCGCGCUGCUGGUGCACCGCGAGGCCCGGGACGAGCGCCAGUGCCGGAGGAAGUACGGUGCGGCCUGGGCCGAGUACUGCCGGCGCGUGCCCUACCGCAUCGUGCCCGGCGUGUACUGACCGGCUGAGUACUGC